CCCAAAAUGAUUCUUCCAGAUUUAUUUCAUUUAUUAACAUACAUACAAACCAAAAGCAAGUUGUAAACUACACCUCAAGUUAUAUUUUCUUAUAUACAUUUUUAGGAAAUAUAUUUUCUUACUUAAUAUUUUAUAGCUUUUUUAAAAUUUAAAUAUAUUGAAAUAAAUUAUUUAUUAAUAAAAAUGAAAUUUACAACUAAAAGAGGCCGUUUAAUAAUGAUUGUUUCUGUAAUUUGCGGAAUUGGUGCAAUGUGUUUGGGUGGUGUAUUAAUUGGAUUUUUUGACGAAAUUGUACGAUACUUCAUGAAAAAGGAAUUGACAUUAAAACCUGGGAAUGAAUUUUUUGACAUCUGGAAAGAAUUACCCAUUCCUAUUUACCAGAAUAUAUACAUUUUCAACAUUACUAAUCCUUUCGAAUUUGAACAUGAAGGCAAGAAACCAAAAUUGGAAGAAUUAGGACCUUAUGUUUUUAGAGGACGUUGGUAUAAGGAGGACAUGGAGUGGGAUGAUGUUGAUGGUACUGUAACAUAUAAAGAUGUAAAGGAAUACACAUUCGUUCCAGAACUUUCAGCGGGCAAUCAAGAGGAGAUGAUUUAUACACUAAAUGGGCCUCUUUUAGCAGUCAUCAAUUAUGUAGAAGAUUUUGCUCCAGCAUUCUUCAGAUCUUUCGUCGUAGAAUUGAUGAAUGGCAUAUUUGAAAGUUAUAAUGAAACAUUGCUAAUUCACAAGUCUGUGAGAGAACUGGUUUACGAAGGCUAUCAUGAGCCCAUGGUAGCCGACCUUACACAAGUCAUUGAGAACUUUAUACAACUUCCCCUCAAGCUCGUCAAUCAUACAUUUGGGAUUUUGCAUGAGAGAGCUCAUGUUGGAGAUGGGAUAUUUACUAUUAAAUCUGGAUAUCACAGCCUUGACGAUUAUGCAUCAAUUCAAAAAUGGAAUAACAAAAGUGCAGUUAACUGGUGGUAUGAAGACGAAUGCAAUCAAGUUAUCGGAACAGAUGGUGUUCAAUAUGCCCCAGGAGUGAAACGAAAUUAUUCACUUACUUUAUUUAAUCCUAAUUUAUGCAGAACUAUUCCUCUGGCGUAUGAGCGAGACAUAACUGUCCACGGAAUCAAAACCUUAAGAUUUGGAAUGGCCAAAAAUACUUUUGCAUCAAGUGAUAUAAAUCCAGACAAUAAGUGCUAUUGCGAAGGGCAAGAUUGUAGAUCUGGAAUACUUCCCAUGAAUUGCAAAAAAGGUGCACCUUACGUUCUAUCCUUGCCACACUUUUUAGAGGGAGAAGAUGAACUUAAAAAUUCCGUCCAUGGUGUGGAUCCAAUCCUUGACCAACAUAGAACUUACGUAGACGUUGAGCCUAUAACAGGCUUUGUGCUCAAUGCAGCAUUCAGAGUACAACUCAAUGGAGUAGUUCGUAGGCUACCUGAUUAUAAAACCUUGCAAAAUGUCAAGGAAAAUAUAGUUCCUGUUCUAUGGAUGAGUGAAGAAGCUCAACUUGAUGUUUACUUUGCAAAUUAUUUUAAAACACGAGUUCAAACUCCUAUUUUAAUGUUCAGAGUAGCAUCCAUUAUAGCUAUAGCUUUCGGAGGAACGUGGAUUUUAGCUGCCUUUGUAUUCACGUUUUGCAUCAAAACAAAAGUUAAACCUGAAACUUUGAAGCAUUCAGUAUUCUUGAAGACGUUAAAUUCUGUCUAUACAAGUGUUGCAUUAUGGCCACCACCUGAAGAAGAAGUUAAAGAAGCUAAUGUCAGUGAGAAAACUUAUUUAUAAAGUACUCUGUAGCUAUUGGCAUUCAUUUUCCUGGCCACCAAAGAUAUUAGAAUGGACUAACUCUCGAGCAUUUUGAUGAGUAACAAUCAUCUUUCAUCUUAUAAUUUAACCAUCAAAGAAUUAUUCAUCCUCAUUCUCACAACGAGAAGCUCAUCAAUUUUACUCAAAAAUUAUACCUGUCCCAUUAAAGCCGGAAUUUUGAUGUCUAGUCCACUGGAACCUCAAAACGACAGUAUUUGUAAGUUUAAAUAUGCUGCUGACUAGGACACCACCAAAAGACAAUCACUUUUAUAUAGUUACACAAGCUCAAACCCACACUUAUAUUAAAAAUUGAUAUCGACUUUUUAUGAUAAAAACUAUUUAAUAUAUAUUUUUUUAUUUAACAAUAUUCCAGCCAUUUUGAAAUAUCCGCACUCAUUAACUUUAUACCCCCCUUUUUAAUAUAUUAUCAUUUAACUGACAUUUUCUUGAACUAUAAUAAUAAAAAACAUUCGAUUUAUAUUAUAUUUUAAUAGAUAUUGGGAAAUAGAAAGAUACGAAUAUAUCAGCGACUAAAGAAAAAUAAGUUGUGUUAAAAUUGUAUAUAAAGUUUAGGUAUUUUGAUAAUAACUGAUGACAUCACCUUUAAAUUUGCUGAGUCAAUUCAUAGAUGAUUUUCUAUAACAGUGGUUACCAACUGGCGGUCCGAGGGCCGCAUACGGCCCUCGAAGCCUUUUUUCGUGGAGCUAAAUUUGACGAACUAAAAUAUAUUAGUUUUUUUUCCCGGACAAUUUUUGUAAGAAAUCUAUAUGGGUUUAAAAUACUUUUCUUUUGCUAAAAACAACUAAUUUCUUCGUUGUUAUUUCCUUCUGUGAAAUUUAUCAUACCAACGAUGCAAAAAAAUUUUUUCUCUGGUUUUGCAUCCAAAAAAUGUUUAUUCAAGAAAAUAUUUAUUAUUAUUUGUAAUUCAAUACUUUUGUUUUGUACAACUUGAUAAAAAUCUGACAGUAAUAUUUAUAUUUUUUUCAAACAUAAAAGAGUCCGAUAUAAAAUUCUGACGAAGUUGCGGCCCGCCAUUUGACUGGUGUUUUUAAUUAUGGCCCCCGGUCUCAUGUAAGUUGGAAACCCCUGUUCUAAAAAGUAUAACUAUUCUAUGAAAAGGACCACAGCAAGUAGUAUUCUGAACAAAAAAGAACAGAUGGAGAGAUUUUAAAGCGUGCCAUCUUCAAAUAAACGCAGCUGAUGGGAAUCAUCUAUAAAUUGAAGUAGCAAAUUUAACGAUGUCGCUAAUAAAUCUAUAAUUAUUGUAUUAUAUCAGCUUUUGUUGAAAAUAUUAUUGUGUCCAUUAUUAUUUAGUAGUUAUACAAAUUAAAUGCGCGAAAAACAAUAAAUUAUUCUACAUUUUUUCUCCGUAAAAUUAAACAAAAAAAAAAUCCUCGUUGAAGCCUGCAGAAAUUCUUUCCAUAAGCAUGAUUUUCUUGAAAUCGCGUUUUUCAACGGAAUACGUAGUUGUAGUUAUAUUUUAAUAAAAAGAAACAAUACUUUUCUGUACUAAUAUUUUUUUUUCCUACUUUACGAUAUUCUCAAGUUUCUAGCAUUAGAACUUUUGAGUCAAAACAAGUUAUUUAAAUCCUUUUUUUCUCUUCGUAAUAUUGCCAAUUGUACGCAGUUGCAACUAAGUGAUGGGUACGUAAAAUACGUUCGAAUAUAUUCACAUAUUGUGGGUUCGUAGAUUAUUUAUAUGCAUAAAAAAACUUCUUAUAAAUAAUGAUUGCUUAAAGCUUGCCUUUUUUACAUAUUCUUUCCCAUUAUUCUACUCUAUUGAGAAAAAGUAUAAAUGAAAAUAGUCACUCGUAAGAGAAGAACAUUUUAGACUAAAUAAACCUAAAAUAUAACAUUAUUCGACCAAGAUUCAUAAAUAAUAGUUCGACGAAGCUUCGAGUUAAUUGCAAAUAGGGAAGCUUCAGAAUCAGUCAAUAACAAUUUGAUUUAACUUUAAACAAAACUAUUGUAGCAUUAUAAUCUCAUUAAUUAAUGCAUUGAAAUGUCUUAUUUCUAAUUAAAUGAGUUGUUUUAUUCGUUAAGAUAUCAUAUUUCCGAGUCAUUUUGUUCAUAAUUAUAAUAUUAUCUAAUCGUUUUUAAUUUUAAGUUUUCCUUCAUAACUGCUAAGCAAAGAAUAAAAUGCUUGGAGCGUGUUGGAACUGUUUAAAUUUGCUUCAACCUUAAUGUAGUGAAAUGACGUCCCUGUGUUGCAUAUAUUGGAGACGAAGCAGGUAAACUUCAACGGUGCUUUUAUGAAGGCAGGCAGUAUAUUUUUGUGUUAAGUGUUAUUUUGAAUAAAUGUCUGUGAUUCACGUUUUUAACUCAUUCAUUUGAUAUCAUUAUUACUAUUUUUGUGAUAAUGAGUUGAUUUCGUUACUAUUAAAUGUGUAGGAAGAUUUAUCAUCCAUCUAUUUGUCAAAAUAUUUUUUCUGUUAGUCUGCUUAAAAAAUGUUUUCUUCGAAAUCUCGUUGUAUUGUAUUGUGGAUUUUUUCUUCCUUUCUGUGGUGGACUGUUAGUCAAAGUUCGUUUGUUUUAAAUGAUGUAAUUUUCCUACAUUCCAUGAUAAUGUUGUUAUUCUUUUUUUUAAAGAAAUUUUGUUAUAUAUUAUGUAAUGAUGCAUUAAAUAAAUGCUUAAAUGUUUUCUGUAAAUGUAAUAACUACUUAAGUGUUUGUGUUUGUACUUGUACGCAAUGGAACAUCGGGUUUUUAUUACAUUAUUGAAAGUAUUGUAAUUCAUUGCGUAUAGUAAAUUACAUUAUGAUUUUGCUCAAAUUUAUGUUAUGCAUGAGUAUUUAGACUUAGAUGAAUAACCAAUAUUAUUUUUAAGUUUCAGUUAACGUAAAUAGCUUUUUUAAUUUUUUUAAAAAAAUAAAUAAAAUCAAACUAGUGUAAACUCUUUGUACUUGUGAAAUGAAAUGCUCCUGUUCGCAGUAUUUUCUAUACAUGUUUCGGUAUAUUGUAAUUUUUAGUAGCAUUUAUUUAUCUUAAAUAUUUUACGAGGUAUUUCAUUUUAGCUAUAAACUGUAGCUACAAACUUACAAGUCAUACAGUUUAAAGCUAAAAAUGAAUAUUUAAUUGCAAAAUGUUAAGUAAAAUUGUUGUAAAAAAUAGCCUUUAAUUUUCAUCAUUUCAUUAAAAGUUUUGAAGAUAUUAUUGGGUUAUUCAGACCAUUCGUUCUGAUUAUUUUUUUUGGUUUCUUGAAAAUACAUCGGAAUGAUAUAUUUUGUUUACAAACGAUAUGAGUACAUAUUCAAUUCGGAAAAAUAAUCCUUCCUGUUAGACCAAUUAUUGACAGCAAAUUAUCAAGAAAUUGUAAAUUAGAAGGAUCUUUGACAACUCAGCAAUUGUUAACAGAGCACUAUUAGGAUAUUUUACCCUACCCACCAUACACACAAGGCUCUCAGGUUUCCAGUGAUUUAGAUCUUUAAAAUAUUUGAACUGAAAACAUUCAACUCUUUUGCCAGGAUAAAAUUUACAACAAGAUGCUUUUUUUGCUGAAAAGCCUGAACAUUUUUGAAAGAGCAGCUUUUCUGUAAGAACAAAAUGCACUCAUAAAAUUGAAUAAAUUUAUACCAAAAUUCAAACGUACUACGUUUCAUUUUUCUUUCGAAAUUGGCGCGAAUUUUCCGAAUAACCCUACAUUAGAAUCAAUCAAUUAGCAAUGAGUAUCAUUAACUGUCUCAAUUUUAUUCUGAAUUGAACUGCAUUAAUUUCACAUAUACGCCAUAAGUUUUAGUUAUAACAAUAUAUAAGUGCUAUUAGAAGUUAAUCUGAAUUUGUAUAUCUAGAGGAACUUUGAAUCAAAAUAUAAUUUUUGAUGAAGCAGAUUCCUAUUGUAAAUAUAUAUAAGCUGAUUGUAUAAAUACAAAAUUUUAUUCAAUGCUACGGGUCGGGCUAUUGCAAAAUGAUUUGCUGAAAUUACAUUUCAGUAUUUUAAGAUAGAACAUAUUAGAAUAAACUGUAUAAACUUGUAGUAUUUAUUUUUGCUUACCAAAACAAAUAUCAAAAGAUGCAUUUAUACUAUUAUUUGUUCCUUUAUUUAUGAACUUUUAUGUUUGUAUUUUCUAUGAAAAGUGAAUGUGCCUUGCGUCUUUAUAACUGUGGAAAUAAAAUUUUAAUUAAUAA